CUUUACAUUUUUCUUGAAUCGUUUCAUUCAUCACAACACAACAAACCUUGAUUCUCCCUCUUUCUUCUCUCUCUUUUCUUUCAUUCACUCCUUUUGCAUAAGCACACUCUCAAGCUUUCUGCAAAAUGGGAAACUGCUUGAAAAGCCAAUCGUCUUGCAGAUAUGAAAGUGAUGAUGAUGAUGAUGAUUGGAAUUUUUUAGCAGAUAAGGGAUCUUUUGGUGCUACCACCACCACGGAGGUGAAGAUCAAGAUCACUAAGAAGCAGCUUGAGGAGUUGUUGAGCAAAGUGGACGUGAGGGACUUGAAGGUGGAGCAAGUUUUGUCUCAGUUGAUGGAUCACAGUGGAGGCUUCCAAUCAUUUCAAAGGCCAUGGAGACCAGCACUUCAGAGCAUCCCUGAGGACAUUUGAGACCUUCAUAUAACUAUGUAGCUUGUUAGAGAUGUGAAGUUCAUGGAUUUGGAGUUGGAGAUGAUGAUGAUGAUGAUGAAAAAGAGAAUUGGCUUGUUGGGUCAAUCCUGAUUCUUGUGAUCAUCAUGAUGCAAGAGUUUUGAGGUUUACAUACUGUAUUUUAUAAGGGGAAACAAGGGUUCUUGCAGGUGCUUGUAGAUUUUGUUCUCUGUACAUACAAAACUAUAGGGAGUGCCCUUUAUGCUAUACUUUUUUAGGCCUUGUUUUAGUUUUCUUCUUUUCCUUUUUGUUCUUCAUAUUUCAUGAGUUUAUUGGAUGUCAGAUUAUUUGAGGAAAUGGAACGCGUAUACUUGAACACUUUGAUCAGAUAUAA